AUGUCCGAGAAGGAAACCAACAGAACUCGAGGAUACACCGUACCGAUGGAGCUUCGCCAUUCCAUCGUUUUAUCUGGGGUCCUCGGCCCUAACUUCGCCAACUUGAGCAAUCCUGACUCGUCCCAAAUUCAACAUGGCCCGUGCAGCAGAGUACACGUUGAACGACAAAUGCGAAAUGCACAGGUCCUCUUUUCCGAAACACGGUGUACGAGCUGGCUUUUACACAGAUCGUCAGUAGCCACCCCCCGACCAAUUUUCCCUACCACCCUUCUAAAAAUUGGGUAUCGCGUUCCCGCCUGCGUCGAUUUUACACAACCAUCCAAUCUCCAGAAGCGGUCGUGGGGCACGGUACCUUCAGUCCAUUUGGAUUGGAAGGGCCGUCAAUAA